CGUGGGGUGAGAAUCGCAGUGCGCACGCGCAACCCAGUUGGCUUCCCUCUCCCCUUCUUCACUAUUAAUUCCGGGGUGAGAGUGGGAAGGCGGGUUGGGGAGGGGAGAGCGAAGGGAAACACGUGGGUGGGUGUGGACUGUGUUCUGUGUGCUUGAGUGGGGGGACCUCCGCGGGUGCAGACGCGUGCGAAGGGUGUUGUGCUCACCUUUCCACGAGGGGCAGACCUCCCCUCCUUCCCUGGAAGAACUGUUUCCUCCCGCCCCUCCCCCACCCUCAUCUUUGCUCCCUGUGCCUUUGUCUGUCCUUGCUCUACGGAACCCCUUCCAGGCUCCCCUGAAGACCCGACGUAGGACCGGCCUGUCCCGUGACCUCUCCCUUCCCUGUUAGUGUGGCGGCGUGACCUCUCCCCACCCAGGACCCUCUCACUUCCUUCCAACCCUCUCUUUCCCUUCUGUGUUUAGGCACUGUAGUAAGUGCUUCCUCCAUAGCCCUGGGAAGUGGAGCUUUCUCUUGUUCAGUGGUUUUUCUGUCUCUUUUCACUCUUCAUGACCCUGUUUAGAGUUUUCUUGCAAAGAUAAUGGAGCAGCUGGCCAUUUCUUUCUCCACAUAAAGGGGAAACUGAGGCAAGUAGAGUUAAGUAAUUUGCCCAGGGUCACAGAAGCCAGUAAAUAUCUAAGGCCGGAUUUGAACUCAGAUCUCCCUAACACCUGACCCUGCACUCAGUACCCUGUGCAGAAGGAGUGGGUGUUCUCCUUCCCUCUGUCUCCCCUGCCACCCUGCCCACACUUGUGCCCCAUCUCAGAGCUUCCACUUUCCCCUACUCCUGGUGCCCUCACACAUCUGUCUGGUCAGUCCAAGCCUCCACCAGCCCUGCCGCCCUCCCUCUAUCCACUGAUGGUCACAGUGAUAGAAUACCAGACUGUCCUCUCCUUUCCUUGCCUCCUGCAUCCCACAUGGCCUUCCUUCCUCUCCCUCCCUCCUUCUCUUCUUCCCUUCUCCCUUUCUCUCUUCCCUCUCUAGUUACCACCUGUCCUGGCACUUUUCCCAGCCCUUCCCAAUGACUGGUCUGCCCUAUUGGCACUGUCGCCCACAUGGGCACCCUUGAUCACUGUCUCUCCUUGGGUGGCUUUGUGGCCACCUGCCUCUUCUUAGCCUCCUCUGCUGGACCAUCAUCCCCUCCUGCCCCCUCAGUGGCUGGGACCUGGCAUCUCCUUCCUCUAUCUUUUCAGUCCCUCUGGGUAAAUCUCAGUCUGUCUUCAGGCUCUCCAGGCUGAUGGUUCCACCGUUUGCACUGCUCAGCUCCAUCCUGUGCCACUCCAUGGGUCAGAGAAUGGAGCCCUGACUCUGGAGGUGGAAAUUGUGGGUUCAUAUCCUGGGACUCAGUUUCCUGAUCUGUAAAAUCAGGGGCUGGCACUAGAUACCUCAGAGGACCCCUUUGCCUCUCAAUCUCAGAACCUCUUUAUUAAAUCCUCUUCUGAACCUCAGACAGCCAGGUGGUCAGCUUCGGAAUGCUGGGUGGUACCUCCAUCUCUUUCCCCUUCACCUCCAUGCACUGGGCAGGUCUCGCUUCUGUCUCCUCCUUUCCCCACACUCCCAACCCCUCACUCCUGUGCUUCAGGAUGCUGAUGGGCCUCCUUUUCCCAAGACUUUACCACCUCUGAGGCACACAACCAGCCAAGGGCUUUAUGGCACUCUCCCACUCCAGAAAGUCCACUGAUUCCCUGCUCCCUCCAGGAAGCAAAAAUCAGCUCAAGUGUUAGCAGCUAAAGCCCUUCCCAGUUGGACUCAAACCUCCCUUCUUCCUCUCCAGAUACAGGAUGACCAGCCUUUAUAUAUAGUGGCGGGAGCUAUUUUCCUGUUUAGUGGUGAGUUUCUCUUGAUACCAUACUGGAGGAAACCUAGUAAUCUAGUUCAGGUGAGGCUCUUCUCUGAGCUCUCUUGGAGUUUAGGCUGAUUGCUUUCUCCUUUACCUUCCAAGCACUAUCCUCUUAGAGAAAGCCUUUAAUCUUCAAAGUCCUUGUGGUGGAGGAAUUUGAACUCCCCCUGGCACAGGCCAGGCGGGAGAAAUCCUAUACCUUUCCCUCUCUCUUCUGCUGAAUUUCUUCCCUCUAUAUUGAUUAAAUCGCCAUAAAUUUCCAAACUGACUUGGGUAUUUUAUUUCAGAUAUUCCUUGGCAACCAAAUUAAUUUACUUUAGGUCAGAACCCUAAAAUUAUCCUUACACUUUGUAAUUGGUUUUGUGUUAAUAGAGCUUCACAACCUGAGAUAAAUCCCAAAUACAGAACUAACUACUAACUAUGAAUCUCUUUAAUAGAUCCAAUACAAUUAAUAAAAUCUUUUGAUACCUGAAGACUAUCACCAAGUCUUUUGUGGGUUCAUUACUACUAACUUCCAUAUGUAAACCUCAAAUUUCCUUAGACUUAUAAAUGUUGGAAAUUUCACCAUUGGGAUAUUUCAUACUUGGAAAAUUUCUUACUGAUAGUCUAUUGGAAUGGGAACCCCAUUGGCAUGGGAGGUUCUUUCUCUUCCCUUCUUAAGAUUACUUUAGGACAGAAACCCUUUGCUGAACAAUGGAAAGGACUUUGACCUAUGCUUAAGCAUAGAACAGGAAUUUCUUUGAGUCUUGAUUGAUUUUAGAAUUGAUACAAUGGAGAUACUUGGAAUAAAUCUCCACCCUAUUCAGUCCUAAUAGGAUUGAGUAAGGGCUGCAGCCUAGAUCAAAAUUUAAUUAUUCCAAUCUCUACCAUACUCAAGUUAACAGGAUUUAGAAAGGGCUGUAGAAAAGGAGUAAAGAUUUAAUCAUUUGAAAAUAUAACCUUCAACAGACAUGUGCAAAAGCCAGAAACCUCUGGGCGGUCCUGGGUUAAGCUAGAGCCUCCAUUGGCACAGGGAAAUUGAUGAACAGGGAUUGGUAGAUGGGAGAACUGGGAGGAGGAACUUGGAUGGUUUCCUUAAAGAUAGGAGGGUCUGGAGACUGGUGGUGGUUGAGGAGUUUUGGUCGGGGUGAUUGCGAGGGACUCUGAGAAGGCUUGCUCUGAAGGAAGCUGAAGGCCUCAGCUUUACUGGAAGGAGAAGGUGGUGUAGGAUAUCCCCCCAAGGAAGGGAGUACAACCCAGGAGAGUAUCCCUGCUCUGCAACCUUUCAUCCACCUCCAGAGCAGUAGUGAAGCCAGUCUUUCUCCCAGCUGGGCCGAAAGGACAUGAGUGAUGUCAGAGCAAUGAGAAAACAAAAAGGAUGUGCAAGCAUGGGAGAUGUGGCCCUGACACAUCAGGAGAAGGGUGAGAAUUCCAGGAGCAUCAGUGUGGGAAUGGAAUCUUCCCAGUAUAUAGCUCUUCCCCAAGUCAAUAACAUAGAGAAGGAAGGAGGGACAUCUGGAGUCCUGGCUGCCAGGUUUCAGGAAUCUUUGACAUUCAAGGAUGUGGCUGUGGAGUUCACCUGGGAAGAGUGGAGACACCUGGAUCCUGCCCAGAGGGCCCUGCACAGGAAUGUGAUGUUGGAGAACUAUGAGAACCUGGUCUCCAUAGGGAUUCCCAUUUCCAAACUAGAUUUGCUCUUCCUGUUGAAGAGAGAAGAUGUACAGAAUCAAGAAGGAGAAGCUGCGACAGGAACUUGUACAGAAGGAAAGAUCAGAUUUGAAAUGAAAGAGAUGACUGCAGAGUUAAGUCUUUCUGGGGAAGAAACUCAGAGGCAAAGAUGCAUUGGUGAUGGUGCCUGUGAUUCCACUUGGAGAAAAAACUUGGAUGUACAUCAGAAAAUCCACACUGGAAGAAAACCUUAUGAAUGUAAUCAAUGUGGUAAAACAUUUGCACAGAGAGCUGAUCUUAUUGUGCAUGAGAGAAUCCACACCGGAGAGAAACCUUACGAAUGUAAUCAGUGUGGUAAAACAUUUGCACAGAAAGCUACUCUUACUGUACAUGAGAGAAUCCACUCUGGAGAGAAACCUUUUGAAUGUAAUCUCUGUGGAAAGGCUUUUACAGAGAGGUCCACUCUUACUGUACAUGAGAGAAUCCACACUGGAGAGAAACCUUUUCAAUGUAAUCAAUGUGGAAAAAAAUUCACACAGAGGGCCAGUCUCAUUGUACAUCAGAGAGUGCACACUGGAGAGAAACCUUAUGAAUGUAAUCUGUGUGGAAAGGCAUUCAGACUCAGUAACCAUCUUAAUGUACAUCAGAGAAUCCACACUGGAGAGAAACCUUAUGAAUGUAAUCUCUGUGGAAAGGCUUUUACACGCAAGGUUGGUCUUACUGUACAUCAGAGAAUCCACACUGGAGAGAAACCUUUUGAAUGUAAUCAGUGUGGAAAGGCAUUCAGACAUAAAUAUAGUUUGGUUACACAUCAGAGAACCCACACUGGAGAGAAACCUUAUGAAUGUAAUCUCUGUGGAAAGGCUUUUACAGAGAGGUCCACUCUUACUGUACAUCAGAGAAUGCACACCGGAGAGAAACCUUAUGAAUGUAAUCUCUGUGGAAAGGCUUUUACAGAGAGGUCCACUCUUACUGGACAUCAGAGAAUGCACACUGGAGAGAAACCUUAUGACUGUAAUUUCUGUGGAAAGGCUUUCAGACUCAGUAACCAUCUUAAUGUACAUCAGAGAAUCCACACUGGAGAUAAACCUUUUGAAUGUAAUCUCUGUGGAAAGGCUUUUACAGAGAGGUCCACUCUUACUAUACACCAGAGAAUCCACACUGGAGAGAAACCUUAUGAAUGUAAUCUCUGUGGAAAGGCUUUUACAGAGAGGUCCACUCUUACUGGACAUCAGAGAAUUCACACUGGAGAGAAACCUUAUGACUGUAAUCUCUGUGGAAAGGCUUUCAGACUCAGUAACCAUCUUAAUGUACAUCAGAGAAUUCACAGUAGAGAGAAAUCUUAUGACUGUUACCGGCUUAGUAAAGUCCUCAGUCAAAAGUCAACCCUUAUUUCCCCUCAGCCACUGCCAAAUCAGUAAACAGCAGUCUUUGGGGGCAGCUGUGUCGACCCCAGCCAUACCUUUGGGAACUUUUGCUCUACUGAUGAUACUGGGGUCAGGCUGCUGAUUAAAGGAAGAUUGCAGGGACCCUCCACUGGCCCUGGAUGUGGGGCCUCAGCACAUUGAUCAGACAUGGUCCCAGGCUGUGCCGAAUGAUGAGGGAGCACACAAAUAAGAGCAAUGGUUUUGUCUCACUUGGAAGUAAUCCAAUGCUAAGGUUUGCAUAAUUUAAGCUGAAUACCUUUCGUUUUCCCUAUGGAAUCAUGAGUAUGAUUACCACUUCAGUUUAGGAAGAUGAGAAAUAGAGACUGCUUGGUGUCUCAUAGCAUGAGGCUUCAGGGGCCUAGAAAGGAGCUUCCAUGAUCUUCAGUGUUAGGUCUAGUCAUUUAAAGAUGAUUAGGUACAAGAAAAAGAGAGUCACAUACUGAAGCCAGAGCGUGCAUUGACUACUAGGAAAGAUAUCAGAAGGCAGAAUGGAUAUUGAGAUGGAGGCCUAGUAUCAGCCCUGGCCUAGUCUGUUAGUAAACAUUAAUGAAGCACCUACAAUGUUCCAGGCACUGAGGACACAAAGGGAAACAAAAGACAGUCCCUGUUGUCAGAGCUUAGCAUCUAGUAUAGAAACAUGGUGAUAGUUCAAGAAGAAGUAAAAGAUCAUGAACCUGACUGUUAAAUGAUCCAGGGAAAAGAGGGUGUUUUAUGAAAGGAAAUGCAUUUAAUUAAACAGGGAAAUAAGUGAAUAGAGGUAUGAUAACAAUUAUAGUUUAAGAAGUGCAGAAAGCUAAAUUCCAGGGCUCCAAGAUUAAGCAGGAAAUAUAGCAAACAAUCCCUUGAAUUAAAACAAAAUUCAAAUAUUGUGUAGCCACAGUCAUUAUACCACAAGAUUUAGCGGCUUUUAUAUUAAAUGAUUGGUGAAUUUGGAAUAUGAUAUUCUAGAGUGUUAAAGAACUAGGAUUACAACCAAGUAUCAUCCACCCAGUAAACCUGAGUACAGACAUUCAUGAGGAAAAAAUAAAUGUUCAGUAAAAUAGAGGUCUCCUCAAGCAUUCUUUGUGAAAGGGACAGAGCUGAAAAGAAAAUUUGAUUUUCAAAUAUAAAUCUCAAGAGAUGCAUAAAAGGAAAAGAAAUCCUAGAGCAAUCAGUAAAAUUAAGCUGAUUAUGUUCCUACAUGAAAAGAUGAUAUUUGUAAUUCCUAGGAACCUUAUCAUCAGUAGGGCAGUUAGAAGGGCAUGGGUAUGAGUUUACUAUAAUGAGGUGAAUGCAUAAAAAAAUUAAGGGGUGAGAAGGAUGCAUUGGAAGGAGGAAGGUAGAAUUGGGGUACUUUAUCUCACAAAAAAAGAGUCAAAGAGCUUUUGAAGUGGAGGGUGUCAUUAAAAUUUAGGAAUUUGGGGAAAGUGAGGCAGGUAGAAAUUAGUUUCUGCAAGGAGUAUUAUAUUUUUAUGAGGUUUAUUGAAGAUUAAAAUAUAAAGAAAACACAAGUAAGAAAAAUACGUGUCUAGGCCCAGAGAGCCUAUUCACGACCACUCACAUCUUGCCUACUAGGUGGAGAGCCUUGUGUGCUCCAAUGCGGAAGUAAAAAGACCCCAGUUGGAGGAGAAAUCCUUUAAAUAAAGUUUUGUGAUAUCUCCCAGGUGAGAAUUCAGUGUGAUUAGAGGGCAUUCUGGGAGCUAACAAGGACUCCUGGGGAAUGGAGUCCAGAGUUCAAAUCUCAAUUCUGCAAGGGUUAGAUGGAUUUGGGGAGAAGCACUUAAAUUUUAUUGAAAUUGGCUCAAAGGGCAAAUAGUAUACACCCAACUGAGUAUAGAAAUACACUUUGCCUUCUAAGAGAAUAGGGAAAGGGGAUAAGAAAAGAGACUGGGUUAAUUGGAAGAGGCAGUCAGAAGCAAAACACUUGAGAAUGAAUAGAAUGAAAGGAGAAAAGCAAGUAAGAUAAACGGGAAAAUAGGAUGGAGGAAAAUACCCUAUGGAGGAAAAUACCCUAUGGAGGAAAAAAUCCUAAUGUAAAGAAAUUUGCAGCAAGUUUCUCUAAAUAUGAAGAAUAUAUAUGUAUAUUUAGGGAAAUGAAAGUUAAAAUACCUUAGGUACUUAGGUUACACCUAUCUGAUUGGCCAAUAUGAGAGAAAAGAAAAA